UAUAGUUUCAACUUUCAAGUAGCUUCAAAAGCGAAGGAACAGCAUCAAACAUGUCUCCUUUCACCGUGUUCGCCCUCUGUCUCCAGCUCUGCCUGAUUCAGUCCGUGCUGAGUGGUUCCAUUAGCCGCUCCUCCAGCUCCGGCGGCAGCUGCGGCUCGUACGGCGGGCAGGGCUGCGGACAGGUGGGCGCGGCCGGCACCAUCGACGCGUGCGGCACCACUUGCGUCACCGGCGCCGUGCCCGUGCUCGGCUCCGUCUGCUUCGAAGGCUGCGCGCCCGCCUGCGGCUCCGUCUCCAUCUGCGGAAAGUGCGGAUGCGGAUGCAAAUAAAUUCCUCACCGAAGAUCUCACUCUAAAAGAAUUUCUGGAUCACUCAUGUCUUGAAUUAAAGCAAUUCUCAAUAACUG